GCAGUUGUGGCAUUGUGCUUGCCUUGAUGACUCCUAUGCUGUUAUGUAUAUUGCCGCCCCUGUGGCUGUCUGUCCUCUGCAGUUUGCAGCUGAGGAAGCAGCAGCAGCUGUACACAGCGGGAGCCACAGCAGCAUAUACGCAGUGGAGGCCACAGUGGAAUUGCUCCUACGUUGUGGUUGGGGUAGUCGUGAUGUCUGGUGGCGGCCUUGGUGUUGACUUCUAUUGCCAUGGGCAUUGGUGGCGGAGCUCCUAGUGUGAUGGGUAUGUUUUGUCCUUGUCCGUAGUUCACUCGAUAUCUCAAAUCUGCUGCGGUGUAAGCACAGGUACACCCUCAGAAGUCUCUCAGAAUCCGGGGUGUGAUGGUUGCUAUUCUUAGUUCCUUGCGUGGUUCAGCCACCAUAGUGCUGAACGGAUAUCGACGACAGUUGCGACGAUGAAGGACAUACUCGUAUAUCCCUGCCUCUGGAGCUGACAGCUGCUGCCGCAUGGGUUGGCAAUCCAAGUCGAGUGGCGGUGGCGUUUGAACUUGCAUUUCUAACUUGGACGGACCCUUCUGGACUGUGGCUGUAACCAUUGGCAGAUCCGUCCGAAAAGAUCCGCGUCUGAUUAUGCCACUGAUCCCAUCUUCAGCAUUAGUACAGCGUGCGAAAUCUCAGUGCCUGCUACAGAGUUAUGUUGCACGCGCUUUUCAGUCUUCAGGUAUUUCUGUUUUCUUGUUGCCCUUUCUUUCCCAGUUUCAGUUUGCCACAUAGUAUAUAGCAGUCUUGGUAGGUCUUUAGUGCUGUACAUUUGGUUUUGCCCAAUUCAGGAUUUUGUGUUUUUGCACGGAGUGACGGAGGAGGAUUGGCGUCUGAAUCUCUGAAUGACAAAGUUGACUGGGAUUCUGAAAAACCAGGUAUGACUUCUCCACCUCUCUUUCAAGGUUCUUUGCUUUUGGAGUGCUGUUUCGAUGUACAGGAGUAGCAUCGGCUCAGAAGAGAAAGAUCUCACCACCCAAACAACAGAGGCGUAGUUUGAACACAAUGGCACAUGGUCGAAACCAUCGUCGCUUUGCUGCUUUUAAUAACUGUCGUUGGUUUUCGCCCAGUCCGCCGGGAUUACUGUGAACUGCAGCAGAGAGAGCUACACCUUUCAAGGUUCUUUUGCUUCUGGAGUGCUGUUUGGAUGUACAGGAGUAUAGCAUCUGCUCCUGAGAGAAAGAUAUCACCAACCAAACAACAGAGGCAUAGGCAGAAUGCAACGGCACAUGAUCGAACCAUCGCCGCUUUGCUGUUUGAAACAACUGUCAGAGCUACACCGCUUGACCGAACGAGGAGGUGAGGGAACAAAAAAGCAAAAGAGAUUAGCGGCGCGGUAGUUUCGGCUCGAUGGAUCACGUUUUCGUCAAGUUUACUCUUUUGACUUUUCGUGUGCGGGCAAACAUUUGACGAACAAGGAAGUUACGGACUCCAUUUAAAAUUAAAAAAUGAAAGAAAGUUUUCUGCACUCUUUUGCAUGUCGGCUUUUAUAGCCUUCAGCUAUUGUUCAUGAAAAUCUGCACAAGGUUAGCGGCGAUGGCUUGCAGCAGCUAAAACGAAAGGUCGAAAGAGAGUUUUCUGCGCUCUUUUGCAUGUCGGCAUUUCUGGGCUUCAGCUAUCGUUGAUGAAAAGCUCCAAGGAGGUCGGCGGUGAUGGACUGCUGGCUGGCCUUUUGUGGCUCUUCUUCUGUCCAUAUUGAUUGGUACUAUAUUGCGAAAUUGCCCUGCCCUCGCUAGAGGUUGUCCUUCUUGUUGAUCAGGAUAUGGCUGUGAGGACUCACCGCUGUCCAGUUGUCAGUCAAGGCCAACUGUAAGUGAGUGGCAGCGGGUCUUUCGCAUGCAUUUUCAUGCCCAAAUUGCACUAAUUCGGUUAAGAGUCGGCAAAGCGCACAUAGGCAGAGUGGAAGAAGGAGAAGCGGACGAAGAGGAGGGAAAGGGGACUGACAGAAGGAAUGGGGAGCUUGAUGGCAACUUGAUGAUUCUACAAGGAGAUUGCCUCUGGUGGUUUACGAUGGUUCGUGAGCGAUUCGUCUCUCGUAGCCGCGCCAAGUCGAACAGAAAGACAAAUUGCGUACAGCAUGGAAUUGUGCAGAGGCGUAGAGAAUUCAAGGCGGUGUAGUUACGCAAAUACACGUGAGGCAGGGGACCGUGCAAAGGCAGAGGAGAAUAUGAAGAGGUGUCCUGUGGUGGGGAAAGGAAGUUGUUUGGCUGCUUUUGGUGGAGUUGUGUGUUUCGACUAUGUUAAGUGUUUUGUAGAUGUCUUGCAAUCCUUUUGUGUGUGCAAGGAGGAGUAGGGAGAGAGAGAAGACCUAGUGCAUUAAGUGUGAUCGGGACUGUAGAUGUGUUGUGAUCCUUUACAUGUGCAAUGAGUAGAAGAAGGAAAGAGGAGAAGACACAUUCUGUGUCAUCUUCACACUAGAGAUGUCUUUCGCUCCUUUAUGCGUGCAACAAGGAGUAGAGGAGGGGAGGGGGGGGAAAGGAAAACUACAUAUGUGUGAUUAACGCUGGAGAUGUCUUCCGCUCCUUUACGUGUGCAAAGAGGAGUAUAUGCGGAGAGAAGACGAACUACGUACGUGUGAGUUGCAUUGUGGAUGUCUUUUGCUCCUUUUAUGUGUACAAAAUGAGGAGAUUAGGGAGACAGAAGACAAACUAUGUACAUGUGAUUGACACUCUAGAUUUCUUUCCCUCCUUUGUGGUUGCAAUGAGUACAGUGAGAGAGAAGACCUGGUUGGUUGAUUGAAUCCCAGCGAGGAGAAGAUAGUCAGCUUCCUCAAAAGGUCUCACGGCGUACUCACUCUAUUCCUUUUUCUGCCGAUCUCUGGACAUAAUCACCGUCAGAUAUGUCCGCAUCUGGCUACAAUCGCGGUCAGCUUCAUCCCAGAAAAUUGUAAUGCGAGUAUGCCCUCAAUCUCCGCUGAAUGUUGACGAUGACAGAAGGGCAGCAGGAUGGCUGUUGUCAUUUGCCAGUAUCUUUUCCUUCAUUUCGUUCUCGGUUUCAGCAACAAGUAACUUUGUGCCAUAUCCACAACGUAGGUUCUAAGUAGGUGCUAAGUAAGUAGGUGAUAGAUAGGUGUGAAGAAGAUUGACCAGGGUUUAAUGGCUGACCUUCAUGCUGCUGUGCGACAUUUGUCUAAAGCUGAUGGUUGUUUCAUAAUCUGUUGUACCAAUUACUGAUUGGCAUGGUGGUUAUGGAACAGAUGGGACUGUCAUUUGGUCUUGGGGGUGCAAGGGGCCAAGAAAGCAACUGCAACCAAAUGGAUUUGCAGUCGUCGUAUGAGUGCUGUUCAUGACAGACGAUCUUCAAUAAAGAAAGGAGCAUGAAGAAGGCAGUGGGUGGAGUUUGUGUCACAUUCUUGGUCGGGGCGGCUGUUGAAAAGAGGUGCCUUGGAUUCUC